GUGGGAGGGCGGGCGCGCGGGCGAAGCAUCCCUCUCCCCUCCACCGCUGCCUCGGCCGCGCACUGGCGGUGGUUAUCCUCGCCGCCCCUACUCUCUCCCCGACUUCCUUCAACCCUCCUCCGCCCCCGACCUGCUCCUCCAGCUCCUAGCAGCUCGAGUUGCCGCUGACAAACGUCUCUGCGCACACAUUCACACACUCACGUUGUUUUCAAAUGAAAAGACUGGCCGGGAGAGAGAGGUGCUCAUCUCCCUCAGUGAAUAAGGGUGGCGAAACCGACACCUUGGGAGAGAAGACUGGAGAGGGGAUUUGAACCCUUUCCUUGGGGAGUAGCAGUAACAAUGAAGAGGAGAAAUGAUCCAGAAUGCACUGCCCCUAUCAAGAAACAGAAGAAAAGAGUUGCAGAGCUUGCCCUGAGCCUCAGUUCUACAUCUGAUGAUGAACCUCCCUCUUCUGUCAAUCAUGCAGCAAAAGCAUCUACCACGAGCCUAAGUGGGUCUGAUAGUGAGACCGAGGGGAAGCAACACAGCUCUGACUCUUUUGACGAUGCAUUUAAAGCAGACUCCCUUGUGGAGGGAACUUCUUCUCGCUAUUCCAUGUAUAAUAGUGUCUCCCAGAAGCUUAUGGCCAAGAUGGGCUUCAGGGAAGGUGAAGGAUUGGGUAAAUACAGCCAGGGUCGGAAGGACAUCGUUGAGGCCUCUAAUCAGAAAGGCCGAAGAGGCUUGGGUCUGACACUGCAGGGCUUUGAUCAAGAGCUGAAUGUGGACUGGCGAGAUGAGCCAGAGCCCAGUGCCUGUGAGCAGGUGUCAUGGUUUCCAGAAUGUACCACUGAAAUUCCUGACACUCAGGAAAUGAGUGAUUGGAUGGUUGUGGGAAAGAGAAAGAUGAUUAUUGAAGACGAGACAGAGUUUUGUGGGGAAGAGCUGCUUCACAGUGUGUUGCAGUGUAAGAGUGUGUUCGAUGUCCUAGAUGGGGAGGAGAUGCGGCGAGCUCGGACCCGGGCCAAUCCCUACGAGAUGAUCCGAGGAGUCUUCUUCCUAAACAGGGCAGCCAUGAAGAUGGCUAACAUGGAUUUUGUGUUUGAUCGCAUGUUUACAAAUCCACGGGACUCUUGUGGGAAACCACUGGUAAAGGACCGGGAAGCUGAGCUUCUAUACUUUGCUGACGUCUGUGCAGGCCCAGGCGGUUUCUCGGAGUAUGUGCUAUGGAGGAAGAAGUGGCAUGCAAAGGGCUUUGGAAUGACUCUGAAGGGCCCUAAUGACUUCAAAUUGGAGGACUUCUACUCAGCCUCCAGUGAGCUCUUCGAACCCUACUAUGGUGAAGGUGGGAUCGAUGGAGAUGGAGAUAUCACCCGCCCGGAGAAUAUCACUGCUUUUCGGAAUUUUGUCCUGGAUAACACAGAUCGCAAGGGUGUCCACUUUCUGAUGGCCGAUGGGGGUUUCUCCGUGGAGGGGCAGGAGAACCUGCAAGAGAUCCUCAGCAAGCAGCUGCUGCUCUGUCAGUUCCUCAUGGCGCUGUCUGUUGUCCGAACAGGAGGCCACUUCAUCUGUAAAACCUUUGACCUAUUCACACCCUUCAGUGUGGGGCUCAUCUACUUGCUCUACUGCUGCUUCGAACGAGUGUGUCUCUUUAAGCCGAUUACCAGCCGUCCUGCCAACUCAGAGAGAUAUGUGGUGUGCAAGGGCCUGAAGGUGGGCAUAGAUGACGUGCGGGAUUACCUCUUCUCAGUCAAUAUUAAACUCAACCAGUUGCAGAACACUGAUUCUGACGUCAACCUUGUGGUCCCCUUGGAGGUGAUCAAGGGAGACCAUGAAUUUACUGACUACAUGAUACGAUCCAACGAGAGCCACUGUAGUCUGCAGAUCAAAGCUCUGGCCAAAAUCCAUGCCUUUGUUCAAGACACGACCCUGAGUGAGCCUCGGCAGGCAGAGAUCCGGAAAGAGUGCCUUCGACUUUGGGGGAUCCCAGACCAGGCUCGAGUUGCUCCUUCUUCCUCAGACCCCAAAUCUAAGUUCUUUGAGCUAAUCCAGGGCACCGAGAUUGACAUCUUCAGCUAUAAGCCCACGCUGCUCACCUCCAAAACCCUGGAGAAGAUCCGCCCAGUGCUCGACUACCGCUGCAUGGUGUCUGGCAGCGAGCAGAAGUUCCUUAUUGGCCUGGGGAAGUCCCAGAUUUACACAUGGGAUGGCCGCCAGUCAGACCGCUGGGUCAAGCUGGACCUGAAGACAGAGCUACCCCGGGAUACUCUGCUGUCUGUGGAGAUCGUCCAUGAGCUGAAAGGGGAGGGUAAGGCCCAGCGGAAGAUUAGUGCCAUCCACAUCCUUGAUGUCCUCGUGCUGAAUGGCAGCGACGUGCGGGAGCAGCACUUCAACCAGCGAAUUCAGCUUGCUGAGAAAUUUGUGAAAGCGGUUUCCAAGCCCAGUCGGCCUGACAUGAAUCCCAUCAGGGUGAAGGAGGUGUACAGGCUGGAGGAGAUGGAGAAGAUUUUUGUCAGGUUAGAAAUGAAGAUCAUCAAGGGCUCCAGUGGCACUCCGAAGCUCAGCUACACAGGGCGGGAUGACCGGCACUUUGUGCCCACCGGCCUCUACAUCGUCAGGACAGUGAAUGAGCCAUGGACUAUGGGAUUCAGCAAAAGCUUCAAGAGGAAAUUCUUCUACAACAAGAAAACCAAGAUCUCUACCUUUGACCUCCCUGCAGACUCCAUUGCCCCCUUUCACAUCUGCUACUAUGGCAGGCUCUUCUGGGAGUGGGGGGAUGGCAUCCGUGUGCAUGACUCCCAGAAGCCCCAGGACCCAGACAAGCUGUCCAAGGAAGAUGUCCUGUCGUUCAUCCAGACACACAGCGCUUGAGGGCGUGGGGAUGCCCACCCCUGCCGAUUGACCUGUCGUUCUCUGAGUCAGGGCGCUCUUCAAGGAGAGGGACUGAGGAGCGCAGUCACUGCAGCCUGCCCAUAAGGGCUGGGUGGUCUCCUCUCCAUUCUCCCUGAAGAACUCAGUCAGGGACCUUCAGAAGACUCUGUCCCAGAGGCAUUCCUUCUGGGACACCUUUUGAACUUCCCUCCCUGGAGACCUGCCUGCCAGGGCUCAGCCUGAGGAUGCUGCUCCGACGGCGGGUUGGAGGUCAGGGCCCAGGGAACGUGCGGCCGGUGGAGGACCUGUCAGAGAACAGCAGGGUGUUGGCUCUGCCAUUCUCUCCUGUAUCCUGUAGACUCACUUUUCUGAGUUUCUUGCACUGCCCUGAGGGCGGCCAUGCUUCUGCUCUGCCCAGCUUUUUAUUGGGCUGACCCCAAGUGGGUGUAGGCCAGGGGCAGCUGCUGUACAAAUCAAUGUUUUGUUUCUUUGAACUUGCUCUGUUUUGAUGCCAAGUUGGAGAAGAUUUGGUCUCCUCCCCUGACCCCUGUCCUGGUCUUCCCUGGAGUUCUUAGCCGGACCUCUGAUAGUCCCGCAGGCCGGGAAGGGAGGCUUAUGGGCCACACAUUCCUGACACUGCAUCACGACACAGGUAGUGUCUUGACAGUGGGUGUGACUGCCUUCCUGGCCCCCACCCCCCUUUCAAUCUAAACCUUGGGCAGCUCUAGAGGAAGCAGCCUUGAAGACCUGCCAUUUUCAGUGCCCCAGAGCACUGGCCCCCUGGCAACACGGGGUACCUCUGGGGUUGGGUUACACCUGGCCCUUUGGCAAUCAUGGCACCGCCAUUUGCCACAGCCACCUUGCUAACCCCUCCCUUCGUUUUUCUUGCCCAGUAGGAAGUACAGUCACUUUUGUUUGUCCUUUUGUGGUCACUCCAUUUCCUCUGUUUUGGCAGAGGGGGAAGAGGGGAAGCUGGGCAGUAGCUCUGGGUGGGGGAGGGCACCUCUGGUUGUUUUUAAUGGGAAAUACCUCUCAGAGAUGCUCCUAUGGACUUCCUAGAGCAGCAUCCCAGUGCUGGGCUGGUUUCCAUGGAGAUAAGGCACUGAGACUUCCCCGGAGGUUGGAACUAUACCUGGGGAAGGGGGGUCUCCAGCUAGCAUCCAGCCUUUCCCUCCCAGGUUGGUGGCAGCACCGCUGAGAAAGCUGUAUUUCCACCCAGUUCUGGGUAUAUCGGUGUGUCUUGCAGAAUCUUGGAUCAUUAAAGAUAAACAUAUUUUUAA